CGAGGACGCACGGGCCCUCGUGGCAAGAAACGGGGGUUUUGCUGCAUGUGGAAAUAGCCGAGCAGAACCUUCGUGUUCUCCUCAACCAUCGUUUAUCUGUCGCGCAAACGCCAAACGCACUCUACAUUUGUCUCUUUCAUUUCUGCGCCAUCUCUGACGAUGAGCAAAAAGGGCAAUAAAACGCAGCAACCAGAGACUAGCUACGCAGAACGUGAUAUCGUGCUAGCUAAAGUACGCGGCUUCCCCCCGUGGCCGGGCAUGGUAUGUCGCGUCUUUUCAACUUUUUUGGAAGAUAUUCGUGCCAAUGGCAUGUACAGGUCGUAAACCCUGACACAGUCCCCUCCAUUGUGUCGAAGGAGCGCCCAGGAGGCAAGAAAACUACGUUCCACUGUGUCAGGUUCUUCCCCGCAGGCGACUAUGCUUGGCUUGUGUCAAAGGAUAUCUCCAAGUUAAAGCAACAUGAGAUCGAAGCAUACAUCAACGAACCUCACAAGAAAUCUGGCGACCUUCUGACAGGCUAUCGGAUUGCACUGGACCCAUCGAAAUGGGAAAAGGAACGUGAAAAUGCAGACUUGGCAGCGGUAGAGCAGGAGGACAAUGCUCCAGUUGAUCAGCUUGACAGUGACAAUGAGGAGGAUGGGGCAAAAAAAUCGGCCAAAUCCAAGAAACGAAAGCGGGAAUCUGAGGCGCCUCCCGCCAAGCCCAAGGCCAAAUCCAAGGCCAAAGGCGAGAAAAAGGUUCCCUUAUCUAAAGGGAAGAAGAAUGGCACCAAAUCGAAGGAAAUGGUCGAGUCAGAGGACGACGGCGAGCCAGAAGCCGAGGCUGAAGAGGACGAGGAGGCAGGAUCGAGUGCUAAGGCAGCCCCUCCCCCAUCUAAGAAGCCCAAGCGGGAAAAGGAGGACGAUAUCGAUCCUGCACUUGAAGGGGAUAACGAAGCUAAGAAAGUCCGAGAAUGGAGACACAGAUUGCAGAAGUCCCUUCUGGGGAGCAAAGGAUUGCCUCCAGUUGAUGAGAUGCCUGCUCUUGAUCAACUUUUUUCAACUAUCGAGAAUUAUAACCAUCCCAAUCUCAUAUUAUACCUCUCAUUUUCCAAAAUCGGUAAGGUCAUGCGUCACAUUGCUGCUUUAUCCACGGAUAAGGUUCCCCGCGACGACGAAUUCAAGUUCCGGACACGAGCGAAGUCAAUGGUCGAUAAAUGAUGCGGACGCUACUGCAGAGAAGAAAGUCGAUAUUACGCAGACGUCUCCAGUUGAGAACGGCCCUUCCACUGCUGUGGACACAUCAUUGGGUGAUGUUACGAUGACAGAAGCAUGAAAUAUUCAUAGGCCUCCUCGAUGCAUUCAAGCGUUGUCCUCGUCCUUUCAUAUUUUCUUUCCAACGUGGCUUGUGCCCUCGCGUUCGAGGAUACGAACGUCAACUGUAUGUAUCACUCGCACACUCAUCGUUGAAGCUAUUUUACAUUUUCACUUGACACAUUAUUUCCUCGUGACAACAUAUGCGGUUCAUAUGUUCCAAUGCCAUGCUAUAUCGUAUG